CAAUGACCUCUUUACCCUGUCCCCUUCCUGGCCGCGAUGCCUCCAACGUAGUCUUCCCGGACCUCGCCCCCGCCCCGUCGGUAGUGGCUGCCUACCCGCUUGGCCUGUCCCCCGAAACCGCAGCUUCCCCCGAUUUGUCCUACUCCCAGCCUUAUGGUCACCUCCUGCCCUAUUCCUACCCUGAGCCAGCAACCCCAGGAGACGCCUACCUGCCCAGCCAGCAACUCUCGGCGGCGUGGUCUCAGCCCUUCCACCCGCCAGUAGUGUACCCUCAGGAACUUGAAACAGUUUUGUGAAGCCGGGCGGGAGGGCCUCCUAUCUCACCCCCUGGAGUAGUGGAGUUGU